GUUAGGUGUAGGACUAGGUUACUGCUAUGGCGGCAGGCGUGCAGGCGAUGGAAGUGGAGUCCGAAUCUGGGUUGGAGUCUAAGUCUGGUCAGGGGUCUGCCAGAUUUGUCGGUGCACAGACCACGGCGGUCAAGGUCAACUUUGACGCCGAGAAGCGACUGGUUUGCGCUGAGUACCCUGGGUUGGUCCGCGACCCGUUGAAGAUGCUGGAGACUUUGGGCGGGGAGGAGGGGGUCUCCCGGACUUAUGCUGAUCCAUGCAGGAGGCUUGAACUGCACUUCCGUCCAAAGGAUCCUUACUGCCACCCAGUGUGUGGUAACCGCUUCCCCUCGACCAGCAUGCUACUUAGGGUUAAGAGGAAGAGGAGAAAAAUUACAUCAAAGGGAUCUCCAAAAGAAGGAGAGAGUGAAGAGGUUAAAUAUGAAAUGGAAAUCCUUGGACUUAUUGGGACCACUUACAAAUUUCAAGGUAUGUCUGAUUUCCAGUUUCUUGCCUUGCACAAUACAACAGGAGGCUCACAAAUGUCCAUGUAUGACAAAGUCAUUCUCCGCAAGCCUGAACACAAGGAGUUUUUUGACCAAGAAUUGCCACUCUAUAUCCCUCCUCCAAUAUUUUCCCGUGUGGAUAACCCUGUAGAUUAUUUCUACCGACCAGAAGUCCAGCACAGGGAAGGUUAUCACCCUCCAAAACUGUCCAACGAGAACUUGAUUGGUCUGGGCCGAGCCCGCCGUCCACACAAUGCCAUAUUCGUGAACUUUGAUGAUGCUGAGGUCCCGUCCCAGCCACUUGAAGCUGCAGUUCAGAACUGGAGAAAAUUUAACACUCAGGAAACAGACCGGAAAGCUGAAGAAGAACUGAAAAGGCUCUUUGAAAUCCGGCCCAUUUGGUCCCGAAAUGCAGUGAAGUCAAAUAUUAAUGUUCAUCCAGAGAAGCUGAAGCUGCUCCUGCCGUUUGUAGCCUACUACAUGCUUACAGGUCCCUGGCGAAGUCUCUGGGUAAGAUUCGGAUAUGACCCAAGGAAAGAUCCCAAAGCGAAGAUUUAUCAGGUGUUGGAUUUCAGACUUCGUUGUAGUACCAAACAUGGUUAUAUGCCCUCUGACAUGCCAGUGAAAGCAAAGCGCAGCACAUAUAACUACAGCCUGCCCAUUACCAUCAGCAAGCCAGCCCCCCAGGUUGUGAGUAUUCAGGAUCUAACGAAAUCUCCAAAGGUCCUCAACUUCCCACAGAGGAAAAUGCUAACCCUGUCUGGAUACAAACUCAAAGAGUUGGCGUACAUCUUCCGAGAGGACACCUUGCCACCCUAUCGCCAGAUGUUUUACCAGUUGUGUGACUUGGACGUGGAGAGUUUAAAAAAGAUCAUCCAUCGCAAUAAAGGCAAAGAGACCACUUGUAAUGAGAGGGAUGGCUGGUGUUUGCCCAAAACCAGUGAUGAACUCCGGGAUCGGAUGUCUAACAUGAUUAAAGAGGCUUGUCGUAAGAACCGAGCAGCUUCAACCUCUUUGAGAAAGAAACCAUCAGUCACACAGGAAAGAGAAGAGUAUGAAUCUGCUGAGGAAGAGGAGGAGGAAGAGGAGGAGGAAGAGUACGCACCAUCAGAGGGAAGCGAAAAUGAAAUGGAGACUGAAAUUCUUGAUUACAUGUGAUUUAAUUGAAUGUGAGCUGGACUCAGUUACGAGGAGAGAAGAGCAACACUGAUUAUGUUGCAUUGAAAAUACCCCACUAUACUGACAAAGGAUGCUAAUUUUGCAGGGACUGUUUGUAACAUCACGUAGACCUUGUGCAGCAGGGUCUCACGCUGGCGUUGCAGGCUGCAUUGGGGCCAACAUCUCCGAUAGAAGAAACUGCUGCUGGAGUUGGGUGUUGGCCGUCACUCACUCAUUCUGCAGCUGCUUGUUUUCUUUUAGCGAAGGCAAUGUAUUGGAAGGUGACCAAGACCUGAGCAAGUUUAGUUGAACUGGUGUUAGCUGACCAAGAGAUGUGGGACCUAUCUGCUGAUGUGCAGCAUCUUCUGUCUCUCCAUUAUGUGACCAGGGAGGCAAGUGGAUUGUGUGGAAGCUCAGUAAUGUGUAAUUAUGAAUUUGUUAUGGAAUAUCAAAUGAGACAUUUCUGUGGUUUGAUGUGAAAACUUGUGGUUGAGUUGUGGGCUGCAGGCUGGUGUUCUCUGUGACACCUUAUCCUUCAGGAUUUCUCCUGCAGUGAGUAUCCAUUCAAUAGGCACCUAAUCUACCAAGACCAGCUUCCUGCUGCUGGCCAUGAUGUUGGCACCAGAAUCAGUUCCAGACAUUCCCGUUGCAGGUAAACAGGUUAGGUUGCAAGACCUUUAUUUUCAGGCAGUUUAGUGUAUCUAUUUUUGUAACCCAGUAGGCAGUUGUGCUUCUGAUUCCGCAAGGCAGUGAUUUUCCAUCUGGGAUGAAAUGAAAUCCAGAAGGGACCCGAGUGCCUUCACUAACAGAGUAGUGAGUCUAGCAUCAGACACUGGCAGAGGUGAGGGAGAGUAAAGCCAAUAGACUAUAGAGUUGAGGGGGAAGGGGAGGUUCUACUAUCAGAUCGUACUAAUUAUUGCUCUGAGAGAGCAACUUCAGCCAUUCCCAGCAUUUAAUGGAUUUAUUUCAGAUUUCCAGCAUCUGCACAAUUUUGCUUUUCAAUUCUAAUUAUGCCUGAGCCAGCCUCUGCAGAUCAUGAAGUUAAUACUGCAAACUAAUGGAAACUUCCCUGCAACUUAUGUACUUCCAGUAAACCUGCAAUCCUCACUUAACAUUCCAUAGGUCUUGGUUCACUCAGCCUGGGCUUAAAUUCCUUGGCUGUAGGAGAGAAUGCAUUCAUACAUCUGCAAAUGAAAGGUAAGAAAAGACAUGCCCCACACUUACAUUACCAAACAAAUCAUUAAUCCCUCUAUACCCAUGAUAUUCCUAAGUGCAUUUCUUGGUGGUCUGGUUUGGCGGUUAUUAGUAUUAGGACAGGAUUGUAUGUGGCUUGAAUGGACAUAGGCAGCACUCGUGGGAGGCUCCAGGCUUCAGGUGGAUUGUUUUAUCCAUUUGGUGAAUGAUGUACUGUUAACCUUGAAUUCUAAUGUUACUUUUGCUGCACUCAUUCUAAGUCUGACUGAACACAACAAGAGCAUGGAAGCAAAGGAAAAAGAGUGGUCCAAUAGUGAGAGGGAGCUGGAGGUGGCCCUUUGAUUUUCUUCUCUCCACCAAUCUUUAUCCUUUCCUGAAAGUGUUAAAAAAAAAUCCAAAAUUCCAAAACAAUUGGUGCAAACUUGGUGUUGGAGGGGGAUUGCAAUGUGCAGAGUUAGCAUGAUCUAAUACAAAUGGAAAUCAUGUAAGCAACAGGUGCUUGAAGCUCAGAACACAAACUAAUCUCGUGCUUGAGAAAUUCUCAGCUGUGAAAACAGUUAUUAGGAUAAGAGAGUGCGAUUUGUGGAACUGUUUACCUUAGGGAAGCAGGGACUACAGAGUGCAGGACGAGAGAGUUACUUUUAUUGUGAGGUCAGCACGAUUGAUUUUCUGUUUGUUCAUGUUUUAUUGACCCUUUGCCAUCAUCAAAUGAAAACUGACACUAAUCCCUGUCACAGAUCUGUUGCUCCAUUUCAUUUCAUAAACUGGAUAUUAUAACAUUAACUCGUGGUACUGGUUGUGCCAGGGGAGGCGUAGUGUGCAACUUUGCUCUCAAUUACAUACUAAAGAGAACUGACAUUUAUGGAAGUGUACAAAAAAAAGUCAGUUGGGCACAUAAUUAAAGAGGACUAAUUAGUAUCCUUGUAGGGGAAGAAGCAAGAGUCCAGGACCAGUAUGGAGAGUGUUUUAAAGAACUGGUACAGGGAGGAUUAUCCAGAUGGCCUCUUUCAAAAUCGUUGUGGUCCUGUGAAUCUACCUCUCACAUGCAUGCGAUAUCUGAGAGUACCAGUGAAUCAAUGUUUAGAAGUAAAUGCCCAGUUAUUCUGUAUUUUAGUAGUAUUAGUUGAUCUCCAGGAUACCAGGAGAAGUCCUCUGUUCUUUGAUUAAUACAGUGGCAACCUUUUACAUUUUUGGAAGUUGGGAGAUAGGUUUAGUAUUUCAUUCCACCUGUUGGUAAAUACUGUUCCUGUUCCUAUGGUGCACUACAUAGAACAAGCACAGUCCAAGUCCAGGCCCACAGGUUCUGCUGUUGCCCAGGGCUGAUGGCAUGUGAUGGACAGUGCCAGCAUUCUAACGGAAUGGAUCAGAGACCACUUAUGGUAUCUCAAAGGGCAAAAGAUUAAGAUCUGAUGAUUCCCAGUGGGUGUUUCAUGGCACAUGCCCUGUACACAAACUUUUUCCUUGCUCCUCUCCACAACUCACAAUGUAAAUUAAAUGUAAUGGUGCCAUUGCAUUUGUCUACAAAAACACUGCUUCCUAUAGCAGCUAUUCCAUAUUGAGGCCAAACAUUUAAUUCCAAAUUUAGGCCAUGCUUUCCCCAACGUCUUCUCUGAAGGAAGAACUCACUGGGGACUGGAUCUAAUGAUGUUGGCUGCAUUUGAUGGGCAACAAGCUAAAAUAAUGUUGGCUAAUUAAAAUAACUUCUCUGCAGCCCUGGUGAUGUAAUUUUGUCGUGUUUGGAGGGAGUCACAUUAUGGGAUGUGGCCCAAAGAGCCACUGGCAAAAAUGAAUUGAAAGCAGCUGCAUGAUGUUCAAUGGCCGCAUCAGAUAGAAAUCAUCAAGCCUUUUAAAACAAAAUAAUUUAAAAUUGCAUAGAAUGUAAAACACACAAGCUUGUCAUUUGUUCCAUGCUGGUAUUUGUAGUCUAUUAGAGUUGCCUCCUACCCCAUUUGAUUUCACCCUGCACAUCCUUCUAUGGUUCUCUCUGUCGCUGUUUACCUCACUUCUACUUAAAGGCAUUCCUGCAAUUCAUCUGAACUGCUCCAACUUUAACAUUUUAAUCAUUUUCUGGAUAAAGAAGUUUCUAUUGAAUUUCUUACUGGAUUUAUUAGUGGACUUUGUUUCUUUAUGACCACAUUAAGCUCUCCUCAAAUGGGAUCAUAUUCCCCACAUUUAUUCUGUUAUACACUGUCCUAAAUUUAAAUACUACAGACUGGUACCACCUCAACUUUUCUUCUGAGAUAGAAACCCCAACUUGCCUGACCAAACUUUCUUAGCAGUCUUACUGUGGUUUCUAAAAUUAUUUCAGUUUUUCAAUAACAGUGGACCGAAUGGUCUCCUGCGGUGUUCUAGCACAGGAGGUCUAAUUGGAAGGAAAAGAACCAAGAUAAUUUUUAUGACCAGCCGGGUGUUGAAAUAUGAACAAAUUGAAUGGCAAGGGCAUCAGCAAUAUCCCCUCUAGUAGAAAGAACUAGCAUUUCUAAGUACCAAUUUGUCCUAUUAAUUUACACUUCAAUUUCAGUCACUUUAUGUAGGGAAUGAAGCAGCAAGUUUGUAGACCAGUAAAUAAUUGACCAGGACCCUGGGGAGAACUUCCCUGUUACAUGGAUUCAUGUCUCUGGAGAAAGACUUGAUCUGACAAUCUUCUAAAUCAAGCGAUGAAGGAUUACAUAUUGAACCACAGAUGAUGCCCUGACAGAGAUGCUGUUGCUGUUGGACCAUCAGAUUAAAGUAAAAUGUUGCCAUCGAUGCCACAUCAGAUUGGCUCUGGCUCAGGAGAAUUCCAACUAUCCAAAGCCUAAUGCUUUAUCUUAGGUAAUUGGGAGGCUGCUGAUGAGGUCAGACAGUGAACAGGUGUAAUUCCUAUUAGGGCCUGAAAAGAUCACAACUGCUGCAUUGAUCACUGUGAAGAGCAACAGACCUUAAUGGAACUCCAUCCAUGACAGCCUCACCUCCAUCCCAUAGGUAACAAAUGUCUGUCAUGAUCUAGUGGUCCAAUACCACCGCUAAGUGUGGAAAGAUUGAUGGUCAGAGAUCACUGCACGAGGUUCUGAUGUGAAUUGUAUUUAAAGAUUGCAAUCAGUGAUGAGGCCUGAGUGUUGAAAAGCAAGGCUGGCAAAUGAUAAGGAAAAACAUCCAUGUCACAGUACAGGCAUUUUAUUUCAUGUUGCCGAUCUCCGUAUGAUUGCUCCUAGCUUUUUUUGUGAGUGUGCAACAAAGAUUGUAAGUUGCAGACAAAAGCUUCAAUUUAUGUCACAAAUAAGGAAAUGUGACUUGUGACUUAGGUGUGCAACUGAAGAUAGGAAAACAUCAGUUUUGUCAAAACUGUUGAACUGAAUUCAUGUAGAAUUGCCUUUGCAAUUUUCCUGAUGGGUAUAAUUUAACUUGGGAGUGAUUGCUAGCACUAUCUAACCUACGUAAAAUGACUUUAUGUGGAAUUUGCAUAUGAAAUAUGAGUACUGAUGGACCAAUUCUUGGUUCUACAUCUACUUAAGGAACUCCAUCAUAGUUUUAACAGCCCUUUGUCAGUUUUCUCCUUUCUAAAGGUAGGAACCCUAGCCUGUUCAGUUUUUCAGUUUUCCCUUGCUUUUUUUUUAAACUGAUUCCAAUUUUUCAGUCCUUCUCUGGGCACCUAUUCCACGAGUCACUCUUGUGUGCAAAGAGAAGUUUCCAGGUAUUAGUGCAAUGCUUGUCUAAUCAGUUCGACUUUUGUCUCUUGUAUUUAAUUUAGUUUUCUGAGUGACCUUUUCCCCAGCAUUUACUGCUAUUUGCAAACCUCUGUGUAGGAUCUCAGAUCUGUAUUAAUAGUGCAUUUAUCCACUGGACUAAUAACAGAUCCAAAACGUAUUUGUUUUCUUCUUACAAUUAAACAGAUGAGGCGUAUUUAUUUUGUGAAUAUAAUGUCCCAGUGGUUUGGUAAAAAUCAUGGGGAAGGAUAGUGAAGGAAGAAAACACCUGAAACAUUCCUGCUUUAAGCAGUAUAUUUACUGAACUUCUGUAUAUUGAUAAGGUGUUGUCACUGACCUUGAAAACUAGUCUGUCUUUUGCUGAUUAUAAAUGCCUAUCCACGUUAACUAAUGUCAUUAUGAUAUACUUGUUUAUUAAAAUAAGCAGACUAACCUUGACAGUGUUAUCUAUGGUCAAUAUAUAGUGUAAGCUAAUAUUCAUGUAUAUAAACGUAUGUUGGAAAAGCUCAGAUUUAAAGUGCAGACCUGUAAGAUGACUUACUGGCAGUUUCUUGGGCUCCUGUUAGGCAGUUUUUUCCUUGAUGCUCUAGCAAGGGCCACAGUGAGUCUCCGCAUACCUCGUUAUUUGUAACUUUGUGGGAUUAGUAGUCAAUUGUUAUACUGUCCUUUCCCUGAGGGGACUUGAGUUUGACUUCCAUUUCGUUUGACAGAUGUAAGUCCUGUGUGGCUAUGGAGGUAAUUGGUAUGAUGCAUGUAGAAAAAGGAAUCCACCCAUAAAAUAGUCUUUAACUCGAGACAAAUUAGUGCUCAGUGAGACUAUCACUGGAGUGCAAAAUGCCAAUAUCACAUAGCCAUCGAAAAGGAUCUCUUCCAUUCGCUGAAAGCAUUUUAGAAGGAGCUUUAUUCUAUCCAAUCCAUUUAGAAUGUUUGAUGGGUUGGUGUAGAGGUGCGUUUGCUCUGUAUUUAACCAAAGUUUAAUAGUCCUUUGAUAAACAGGGGAAUUGCAUGAUUAUUAAGAAUGGAAAAACAAUGAUCUAGCAAAACAGAUAAUUGGGGCCUAAAUGAAAGUAGAAAGGUUUCUUGGUUUUACGUUUGGGACAUUGAAUAUUUAAAAAAAAUAAGAUAUUGACUUAUAUAGGAUGCUGUUAGACUGCAAUUCUGUAUUAACUAAUUGACCUAACCACUGUGGAACUAGUGUUCUCUGAUUCACUCACUUGAUUCUCUGUACAAUAUUUCUCUCCCUCCUCUAUUCUUUUUCCUUCACUGUCUCUCCCUCUCUGGUUCCCUUGCUCUUUCCCACCAGCUGGGUGUCGUGGAAACCGAAGGUGGA